GUUUCCAAAGCAACAAGGACGCAGUUACUACUGGGUCACAGGCCAAAAACAUAAAUGCCCGAAUGUUUGAACUUCACAUAUAUGAUUAAACCAUAUGUGUGGUUACUUUUGUAAUACUUAAACAGCAGCGCAUUUUACUUUCAGGUGAGUGAUGAACGGAAUAAACGUCAUUUUUGAAGCUGAUGUCAUUGGCACUUUUCAUGAAUCCAGUGUACAAAACACGGCCUAUUGCUCAAAAAACGCAGAGCUAGUUUUCAACAAAGUGGAAACAGGUGACUAUUGGGGACUCCAUGGCUGCUGUGACCUCAGAGCAGUGUUUUGUUGAGAGGUUCACUGUAACUUGCAAUAAGCCAGUGUCCCACCUGCAGCUGAGCUGCUGCCUUUCCCACUGUGCUGUCCCAUGGGAGGACAAGAAUAUAAGGAUUUAUGAAAACAACAACCUGGAGUCUCCCUUGGAACUUACUGGUCACCAUUGUGAUGUGUCUGCCAUGGUGUUUGGGACAGUGAGUGAUCGUCUCAUCCUCUGUAGUGCUUCUGAAGAUUAUGUAAUUGUCUGGGACAUCGCUCACUGCUACAGACAAAUCAAAGAAGGUGUAAUUGCCUCGGGUAGAGUUGUUGGCACGUUGCUCGGCAGGGUGGCGCAUCUGUCACUAUGUCCACUGAGUGCGAAAGUGGCAGCAUGCUCAGGCUCCAGAGUGGUUCUGCUGAAUGCAGAGAAAGAGGAAGUGCUUGGAGUGUUGAAAGCUCAUCUUGGUCCUGUGACUGCAUCAGAGUUCUGUCCGUGGGACGCUAAUCUUCUCAUCUCAGUCUCAGAAGACAGAACAUUUAAGAUAUGGGAUGUGAGGAAGCGGGAUAUUCUCUUUGAAUCUGCUGUUCUAUCAGCGUAUCCAUUGCUUAGUCUGUUCUUCAUGGAGCAAAACAGUCAGUUCAUCACAGGGUCUGGUGAUGGACAGCUUUGGUGCUACACUCUCCCUGUGGACCACAAAUGUCGCUUGUUGACAAAACUGGACCUUUUGAAGCUUGAACAGAAGCAUGAGAGAAACCUCAGGAAAAUCAACCCACCUCAAAAUAGAGCAGAUGGAACGACUCGUAAUGAUGUGAGAGGAACAGUGGAGACAGCAAAGCCUGUUCUGAGAAUCUGGGCACAGAGACCACAGUCCGGCCAUGCGAGCCUGCAGCAGAGUUGUGUGUGGAUCGGAAGUACUGAUGGGCUGUAUCUGCUUGACCUGGAUACUUCAGAGCUUCUCAUGAUUCUUCCACUCAAAGGCAUAAUAAGUGACCUUAGCAUUUCAAUGGCAGGAUCAUGGGCCAUCACCCAUGGACAUGGUGGCAAUAUGUGUUGUUUGGUGACCUCUCUAUUUGGGAAUUCAGUCGUGCUUUUUGAGGUUAACAGUGCCUGGCUGGACGAGCUCUGCUUUAGGAUGGCAAAGAGCUUCUGUGCGGAAGAGCAACUUUCAGUCGUGCCCAGCUCUCCUCUGAUGACUAUGUCCCCUCUGAAUGCUGAGCUGGCAAAACAGGACCCAAAACCUCAGAAAAAAAUAGGUGUGAGCUGUCAGAAGAGUGUGAAGGAUCAGGCUUUAGUUUUUCACACACAAGUGAAGUCAUCAGGAUACAAUGCAGCUCCUCAUAGGACAAUGUUUAGACCAAAGACCAACGUUAAGAAGAAAAGCAACCCUGCCUCAACAACUAGCACAAAUACGAAAGGCCUCUUAAAUGAAUAUCCAUCACACUUUGAAGCACCAAGUGUGCCUUACGCUCAUUUGAUGGUUUCCACAACUCCAACCAUAGUCAACUCUCUACAAUACUCAGGAGAUGGAAAGCAGCUUGUGUGUGGUCUUGGAGACAGUUCAGUUUUGUUGUAUAACUCUUCACUCACCGACGACCCAGCUGUCUACACAGGUCACAGUAAGGCUGUGAACACUGUAUGCUGGAGUCAUAGUAAGCGGUGGUUUUUGAGUACCUCUGAGGACCCCACCCUUUGCAUCUGGACUGCAAGUGCUUCUGAACCUGUUCUGACCAUGUUCACAAAGCCCAUCAGGACGGCUCAGUUUUAUUAUCUGGACAAGUUUUUACUGCUGGCGUCAGGAUCAAAUCUAAUGCUGUACCUUUACCAUCUGGACACCACAAAAGAUGACAUCAAGAGGUAUAAGCAAAGAAGCAAGUCCAAACUGGCCAGUAAAUUAAGCAUGAAUUCAGGAACGGACAUCACUUCAGUGUCAGCGAUCAAUGACUUCUACUCCUAUAUCGUCCUGGCUGCUGGUGCUGACCGUACCAUCCAGGUGUUCGAUAUGAACCAGGGCUGUAUGGCCACUCAGAUCCCUGAUGCCCACUGUAGAGCUGUCCACCACCUCACACAGAACAAGGGGUCGCCGUUCUGUACACAGGCCCUGGAAUCAUACAAUCUCUUCCUGAGCAGCGCCAUAACGGACAGUCUGAAACUGUGGGACCUGCGCACAGCAAGGUGUGUUCGCCGCUAUGAGAGCCACAUUAACCGUUGUCAUCACUGCACUGCGGCCUUCUCACCCUGUGGUCGCUUCAUAGCUACUGGCUCAGAGGACCAUUGUGCCUAUAUAUAUGACACACGCAGCAGCAACUUUCUCCAUAAGCUCCAGAGACACUCUGAAACGGUCCUAAAUGUGGCUUUCAACCCUGCAAAUCCAGAGCUGUUGACUGGAACACUCGAUGGAAAACUGGCUUUGUUUCAUCCGGCCGAAUCUCUUCUCCCUUAAGUGUGGAAUUUACCCUAUGGCUCAGUCCACCGAUGCUGCAGACUAAUGAAAGUCUUACAUCAGUCAUGUUGAGAUGCUGGCGUGCCACCUCUGAGACCUACAUCAUGGAUGGGAUCUGUGAUUUCAUCAUUUCAGCCGCCAUUGACAACCUACAGAUGUGACAACAUGCUCACGCCCUCAACCGUUGAGCCAAAGACGCACCCUCAGAGAAAAGUCCAUUUGAACUUUACUUAGCAACACGUUCCCAUGCACAGAUACACAUACACACACUAUGCAGUAUUAUGCACAGGUUCAUCUGAUGUGUAAUAUUCUUUGCAGUAAAAUGAUAUUAAAGACCUAAAUUGUGAAUAUAAAUCUUAUUUUUAGAGUGACUCAGUUUAUAUAACUACUUUACAAAUAAAAAUACUUAAAUACGUUUUUACAUAUACUUUACAAUUUCAACCCAAAAUGAUAAUUUUUAAAAUGUUUCAUCUGUGUGUUGAAUAAAACAGCCCAUUUUGCAGCAGUUUGUAAGGUGCUACCCUCUGAAAUGAAGAUGGAUAGAAGGAUAUCAUUUUUAGGUAAGUUUAUGUUUUAGGUUUGGUUUCACAUAAAUUAAAUGCUAUAUAUCAGAGCCACUUUAGCACUCUCAUUAUCUUUUAGUUGGCUACUCUCAAGAAUCAACAGUACAUGAAGGUGGCUAUAAUUGACGGAUGUAAAGUAUGCAAAGGACCAAUCAUGAUUGAGAAUGUAAAUAGAAGUAAGAAAAAGGCUAUUUGCAAUAUAGUGUGUGUUUUUAAUAUUUCUUAUUUCUUGGGCUUCACUUUUUGACUUUCUUUGUGUCUUGGGAUUUUUCCAUUGGGCACAUCAUGUACCUACCUAGACAAAACAAGAAGUAGUAUUCCUUGGACACACUGACACUCUCACACGUAACCAGAAGUUGAAGACACACACACUUUUACGCACAUACAUUUCUUAUUUGUUAUUAUAUUUCUUGAAAUGCCAUACAUGGUAAGGUUUGAUUCUUAAUUCGUAUGAUUGGAUGCUCAAGCCAUCCUGGAGAUUGUUGUUUGACCUAUGUCUAUAAAUAUGACCCUUCUUCCUGAAUAAAUCUGAGAAUGCUUUUGUACUAUG